AUGGACUUCCACGCCCACCAAUUCGAGAGCUGCGAUGCUCAGCUUCCACCAGGUUUUCGCUUCCACCCUACCGACGAGGAGCUCAUAACCUACUAUCUUCUCAAGAAGGUCCUCGACAGUAGUUUCACCAGCAGGGCCAUCGCAGAGAUUGACCUCAACAAGUGUGAACCAUGGGAGCUUCCUGGUGCCGCCUUUGUCCUCACUCUCUCUUUCUCUCUCGAGUGAUUUGUUCAUGCUUGCAUCCCGCUCACUCGCCCUCUCAUUUCAGGAAAGGCUAAGAUGGGGGAGAAGGAGUGGUACUUCUUCAGCCUGAGAGAUCGGAAGUACCCUACCGGGCUACGUACGAACCGCGCAACGGAUGCCGGCUACUGGAAGGCCACCGGCAAGGACAGGGAGAUCUACAGCACAAGAACAUGCGCGCUUGUCGGCAUGAAGAAAACCCUGGUUUUCUACAGGGGGAGGGCCCCCAAGGGAGAGAAGAGUAACUGGGUCAUGCACGAAUACCGUCUCGAGGGAAAGUUCAACUAUCACUUCCUCUCGCGAUCAUCCAAGGUUGGUUCCUUCUGUCGUAAAAACUCCCGCUUUUGUAGAGAUUUCAUCUAUUACCCGCUUUUCGCCAUUCUACUCCACUCACUUUACUAUCCAUCUGUUGACCUUUUCCUCACAUGCCAUUUCUGUUGCUUAUUAUCUUGUCUAUCGUCUUCUCCCGCCUCAUGCCAACUCUGUUAUUCUCUCCCUCUCUCUCCUAUUUGGUCCUCCUCUUGUAUUGCAUAUCCUGUGUUGCGUGUGCCUAUCCGGCCUCUCUUCGCGUGUGCACUGUUCCCCCUCCUGUAUUUUCUUGUGCCGGCGCGGGAGGGUACCCCCUCGAGCACGCAAUCUCCUGUCUGUCACUCACCGUCCGACCCAAAUUUGCUAUCGUCUUCGUGUACCUUAUUGUUGUUGCUCUGCUAGAUUCCCUCCCAUCUAUCCAGCACUGUUCUUUCACCUCCCUGCAGAAGUAACCGGUUCUCGUAUUCUUGCUCUCUCUGCCGUUUUAGCUCGUUAACGGAGGAUAUUGGUUGUAUAGUUCUUAUUCAGACAAUUCUGUUCAUCCUGCUCGUAGGAUGAAUGGGUCGUCUCGAGGGUCUUUCAGAAGGUGGGGGCCGGCGGGAAGAAGACCCGUGUGGGCAUAGGCGCAGCGCCGGCCGCCGCCUACACAGACAUGGGCUCGCCGUCGUCUUCCUCGGUGCCGGCGCUGCUCGACCACUCUUCGCCGUUCGGCGGCGGCGCCGUAUCCGGCGGCGACCGCGAGAGUUGCAGCUACGAGCGCAACGAGAGGGAUCACGUGCCCUGCUUCUCCACCGCCCCAUACCCCGUUUCUGGUUUCACCCAGCUGCACUACCUCACCACAGCGCCGCCCACGGCACCGAAGACCGGGGCCGCCGCCGCCGCUCCCGCCGCCGUCUUCCCCAGUCUGCGGACGCUACAGGAGAACCUGCAGCUACCACCCGCGUUCUUCUCGGACCUGCAGUCGGCGCCUCCGCUGCCGGAGAUUCAGCGCGGAGAUGGCGCCGGCGAGGGCUGGGGCUUCGAGGUGGACAGGAAGCUGGAUGUCGGCCGGGUUCAUCUGCCUGUGGGAGCUACAGUGCUAGACUGCCUGCAGUCCCUCUUACCGCUGUGA